UUAGAAGAAAACAUAGAGUGGGAUAGUGCUCAGAUCCUGCAGUGAUUCACCUGUCCGGUCCGGCGCUGCGUGCGCACACACUGACCUGAGACCACGGUGCUGCUAGAAAAGGAUUUUGCAUCCAGCGAGUGUGCACAGUGUGUGUGAGUGUGUGUGUUUGGAAAGGAGCCCCCCUGCUGCAGUACUUUCCUGCUGAACGAGUAGAGUGAUGCCACCGACUUGCUGACAGACACCGGGUAGUUAUCCGCAUCCCUCCCCUCCUCCCUUCCUCCUGGACGGACGGACGCAUCGACCCCUGCGAUCCCCACUAAUAUGCAAUGGUUUUUUGUGCAGAAGCCGACAGCUGCCGCGUACCGCCGACUUCACGCUAGCGCCGCCGCAUGCCUGUCAGUCGCUGCCGCUCCUCUCCCCGCGCCGCGCGGCAGACGACGCCAUUUGAAGAGGAGCGCUCGGGGGCUUUUCACGCCGCGGCGGCCGGGCGGCAGCAGCACCAGCGACAACUCCUCCGCAGCUGAAGAACACCGGCCACUGGAGCAGCCGGAGUCUGAGAUCGAGGAGAGCAACGCCGCAGCGGUUGCUCUUUUCCUGCCGCACGAGGACGACGUCGACGCGGCAUACGUGCGGUUGGUGGUCACAGAGCUUGUGGGAAAAGCGGGUGAGAAUCCGGGCGAGGAGCCGGGCUUCCUGCUCUUAUUCUUGUCUAUGGUGCAAAUUGGGGGGGCGAAGCACCGCCAAACUGAGCCCAACAGCUGGCCGGCUCUGCUGGCAUGCAAACAGGGGGGUGUUUCAGCCCCCAUGCGGUGGGUGAAUUUUAGGCUGCCGCAUCCGGAGCUCCUCUCGUCCCCCACCUCUUCCUCCACCUCCUCCUCUUCUUCUUCUUCUUCUUCCUCCUCCUCCUCCUCCUUCCCAGUCUCGGCCAAAUCCAUGCGGUUUAUUUGGAACAACAUUUUCAGCAAAGGAUCGCAUAUGCUGCAGUGUCUUUGUGGCAAGAGCCUCAAGAAAAACAAGAACCCAACUGAACCACAGCUGAAGGGCAUAGUGACCAGGUUGUUCUGCAGACAGGGCUUCUAUCUCCAGAUGGGCCAGGAUGGAAGUCUGGACGGGACCAAAGACGACAGCACCAACUCCUCUCUGUUUAACUUAAUUCCUGUGGGUUUGAGAGUCGUGGCUAUCCAAUCAGUCAAGACUGGUCUUUACAUCGCCAUGAACGGAGAGGGUCACCUCUACUCCUCGGAACUGUUUACAGCUGAGUGCAAGUUUAAGGAGUCUGUGUUUGAGAACUACUAUGUGAUCUACAGCUCGAUGCUCUACAGACAGAAGGAGUCGGGCCGGGCGUGGUUCCUAGGCUUGAAUAAAGAGGGACAGGCUAUGAAAGGCAACAGGGUCAAGAAGACCAAACCAGCUGCACAUUUUUUGCCUAAACCCAUAGAAGUGGCAAUGUACCGGGAGCCGUCAUUGCACGAUGUAGGAGAGGCGGUGCCUAAACUCGCAGGGGGCCCGCCUUCCAAAAGCACAACCUGUGAGCCUGUGGUCAUGAAUGGUGGCAAACCAGUCAGCAAACCUGACAAGGAGGCAACAUAACCCCAAUCCUGAUUUCAACCUCCGCCUGGCUGAACCAGGAGCAGGAGAAGCCCCAGACUCGCCCCACUGCUGUGCUCUUAAAAACAAAUUUGCAACAAAAGAUAAUAAAACAAACUACAGCGACAAGCUCGGACCGGACAGCAGUGGGGCUGCACGUCCCCGCCUCACCUCUUCCAAGUGGACAGAACUGUGAGGCGCCGCCUGACUGGGACUGCAGGGAAACAAAAAGAUGAUAAAGUCACGUUGCUGCCAGACUCUCUGGACUGGGAUGGUGGCAUGCCUUCAUUUGUGAGACAGAAAGACUUGCGAAGAGUAUAAACAAUACAAACAAAAUCCGGGGAAAAAAUGUCAUGCUCACCUAUUUAUUUUGUGACAGUCCAUAUGAAUGAGCCACUGUUUCCCUCUCCUUAUGAUUGCUUUCUGUUUAAAAGUAUGCUUGCCUGCAGGAGGCCACAGACACAUAUGCACACAGCCUUCACUACUUGGAUUCGAUCUGUAGGUUGAUUAAAGGCAUCAGCAAACAUUGGGUGAAGAAAAUGCUUUAAACACCAAACGCUGAUGAUUCAGAAGAUGCUUAGUCAUCAAUUAAUUAACAUUCAGAACAGGGGGUUCUGUACUAAAUUUACAAUGAAAGUGGAAAAAGCUUAGUUUAAAACAUGCAAGGUAAACACACCCUCUGGCCUCUACCCCGUUUUUAUACUCACUGUAUAUCGUAUAAAGAGAUAGAGCAUUUGAGACAACAAAGCUGAAAGCAUGACAUUUCUUUUAAUUGUUUUCAUUUGUUCUGAAAACAUGAAACUAUGUUCUUUAUCCACAAACUUACUUUAGUUACCUCUUUCUAUUCAUUUAUGUGUGUUUUGAUUUCCAAAUGUAGCUCAGGAGAGGACAAGAUCAGUCAACAAAUGAAAAGGACCAAAACGAUUUCCAGAAAUUUUUUAUUUGUAGCAACAAGGAGCGCAUCUGAGGCAUGCUGUGUCCGAGCAGCGUGGUGCUGUAGCAGUCAGUGUUUACACAGAGUAGCAGAUAUAGUAAACUAAGGUUUGAUGAAAUGGCGUUCUCAGUCAUGAGGGCCCUAGUAGAACUUUGAUUUUGUUGUUGCCUUCCCAAGUACUUGAAAACUAAAGUUGGAAUGAGGGUUUCAGUGAACAGGGACAUGUGAUAUUAAAGCCACUAUGUGUAGAAUUCAGCCAUCUCUAAAACAACUACACAGUGAUCCUUUCAAAAGAAGAACCCUGUGUUUAGAAGUCUUCACUGGUCUACUCAGAUCCUGUAAGCUAUCAACCAGUCUAACUGGAAAUUAGUACAAUCCAAUUUAUUACUGCAUAUUAUAAAAUUAAAAGUAUAUAAAAAGCAAAUAGAAAUCUGCAUUUCAAGGUUAUCAGAUUCCAGCAAAAUGUUUUGUAAACUGCCAAGCUAAGCUAUGAUAAGCUUAAUAAAAGCAGGUUCCAAGAUCAUUAGAAAAGUAGCAGAACUCACUGCUUGAAGGAGCUGGAAGCUCAUCUGCUGCAAGCCUUGAUUGAUCAGGUCUAAUCAACUGUUUAACCAAACCAAAGUGCUUGGAUGUGAAAUCACAAAUGUGCACAACAGAUGUUCUGUGCAGCUUAAAUUCAAAUCAAACGUAUGUCCUGCCUGUUAAGCUGCUCCUCAGUCCACCGAGAGGAAAUUAGAUUUUCUGAGCUGCUGAUUGUCACUGUUUCUUUAAAAACGAAGUACACAUCCUAAAUUCUGCUAAUUCUGACAACCAGGAAGACACAUUUCUGGCAGACAGAAAAACAAGAGUUAAAAUUUUCAAACACUUAUACAACAUAAACUAGCUUAAAUGUGACUUUUUGAGACUGUUAGUUUUGCAUAAAUGCCGCAAGUGCAAAUUCAAUUAGUAGUUUCUCCGUUUUAACUUCUUUUCUGCAGUGUUAGGAGGUUCUGAAUAAGGAAAAACAUAAAUAAAUAACGUUUUUGAAUGAUUUUACCUUUCUGGGACUGCAACAGUCUUUAGAUGAAUUGUUUUGAGAAUCAUAAUGACAAUCUUACCCUUUGGUGCAGGUACUGAAACAAGACACGUAAACCUUGAGUUAAUUGGGUGUGAUUUAUGUUAUUGAAUUAAAAUCCUAUUAGAGAAACGAAGCAGAGUCCAUGUUUGAGGAUAAAAGUAUAAAAUACUUGCAUUAGAAAUGCAUAUUUAGAGUGAAACUAUCUAAAAUAAAUGGACCCUCUGUUUGCACAUUUGUUUGUUGAAGUAAUUACAUAUAGUGGCUUUAAACUGUCUGGAUGAUAGCCUACAAAAGUGUUUCUGUUGAAUACAAUGAAAACCACCAAAAACAAACAGCACCAAUGUAUUUAAGUGGUGAAUAAGUUUGUUGUGAAACAUGAGUUUCUGUGAAUUUAAUGUAGAAGAUGAGAGACAUUAAGCCAUCCUCUCACUGUGAAAGUCCACAUGGCACCGAUCUGAUCUGUGAUUAAACUUUGUUUCCUCAUCUCUCUUUGACCGUCAGACUAGACACCAAUUAACUCCUCCAGAAGAUUGCUAGUAGUCAGUCAUAUCGCGGAGGAGAUUAUAAUACUGUGAUCCCACACUUCAAAUUAGUGUCAGUAACAAUAAGUUAAUAUAUUCUAUAAGGCUCAGGAUAACAGCAUCUGCUUUUAAGCGAUGAAAACAGACACUGUGCAUCUCUUUUCCUUUGAAUCCCAAUUUUGGGCUAAAUAACCCUUUGAAUUUUAAUCAGAUAGUUAAAACACUGUCCUGUUUGUUGAAGAUUAAUGACCUUCGCCAGGGUUGCCACAACUACAAAGGAAACAACAAGACAAAGCAGCCUCCUGACAAAAAUCAAGGCUGGGUGAAGCACUUUCACAUCAAACGAGUACCCGCCCAAAACCUGCAGCGUCUGCAGCAUCAGCAUUAGGUGUUGCCUCUCUUUGCCACGUGGAGCAUAUUAGAAGAAUGAGAAGAGACAUUUUUUGCACAUAAACAACAUUUUUCUCCCCUUCUGUGAUCUCGCUAGCCUAAUGUGGUCACAAAUAUGUUACUUUUGGCCUUCAAUACAAAUUAUAAGCCAUUUUUUAAUAAUUUCUUCUCACCAAACUCAAUACUGAAAAUUUUAGGGGUCUAUGUGUUAUUGCUGUUGGAUUGUAUGAAAAAAAAAAAAAACAAACAAAAAAAAAACAAUGUGAGUGCCUCUCAUCCUCUGCAAGGGUACAGAUGUUCAUCUACUCUAAAAAGUGGUUUGACUUUAGCUCUGUUCUGUCUGUUGUUACAUGGGAUAAUCUUAAUGAGGAAAAAGUCUGGUGUUGUGCUUGUCUCACAUCAAAGAAAUGUGGAACAUUUAUUUACUUACUGUUGUGCCACACUUAGGGGCAAAAAAAAAAAGUAUAAAAUGAGCCCUGACAAUCAGGUAUAUAAACUUUCCUUUUAAUUCUAAAGUAUCCUGUGUCGUAAGCUGCCUGUAUCUAAGCAGAGCCUUGUUUGAAAGUAACUGCAGAAGGUCCUGCUUUUGUAGAACUUUUAUGUAAUACAGUCAGAAACAAGGCCCCAGGACCAAAACAGAUUUCAGUGAGUUUAAUUCGUCAUCCUUCUGGCAGAGAGAAAACAUCAUAGUAGCAAAGCAACUAAAACCCUGUAGGUUUCCCAUCAUGUGAAAGCAGUUUUUAAAGAUCUGUGGGAUAUGCUUAAAAUAAAUGAUGGUUGGAUUUCCUGGCUACUGACCAAAGACAAUUCUAUAAUAGUGUUUCCAGGCUGGUAAUCACAACGACAACGCAAUUACUGUCAGCAUCUCCUGGGAAUUUCUCUCCAUUGGUGGUUAGCCAGGUACCAAGGCUACAAUUAUGAGAUAUCUUUCAGCAAGUUCCGUACAGGAAGAAAGCUGCUGAUUUAAUUAGAAGUGAGCAAUCAGAACAACCUGGGUCACUUUUAAUUUCCACAUAUAAGUGUCAUGACAGGUACACGUAUAGCCACCUUAGUUUGCUCUGUGUGACCUGCGGCUCUGAAAU